AAAGCCUUGGAUUACAAAACGAGUAACAGAAAUUCUUGGAUUUGAGGAUGAUGUAGUAAUUGAAUUCAUAUUCAACCAGCUGGAAGUGAAGGCCUGAACCAAAAUGGAAGUUAUUCCUUGCGUCUGAAGUAUAGCACCAUCACCUUAUUAGGUCACAGCAGAGUGAGUGUCCCAAUGUCGCUCUGACCCAACUCCCUUGAUGAUGCAGUGUGUGCUGGAGAGUUCACCCUUGUGCUUUGACAGAACAGUUGGCAUUCAACUGAUGAGGUAUUUGUUUUUAAAAUAAUUUCAGAAGUUAUGUUUUGUUAUAUUUAAUUUGUAAAAAUACUUCCUUUUAGAAGUUUAUAUACUUAGGGAAAAACCCAAGAAUUUGGGAGUACAUUGUAUUUUUUAAAAAAGUAGUUUAUUAGACAUGGAUUUUAUUUGAAAAAAAUGCUUUGCUGAUUUUUAUACUAGUGCAUUAAAGCCUAAAGUACCUGGGGGUAAUUCCCUUUAUACUGAGCAUGAGAUUAACGUUUAGAACUUUAAAAAAAAAACAAUCUUUUCUUUUUUUGUGGUUGUGUACUCAUUAUUGCUUGUUCGUCUUUUGCAAUUUAGAUAAAUGAUAUAACAUUAAACUCAAGGUGGUUGAGUUGCAGUAGGGAGUCGGAAGCAAGCCAAGGGAACAUCUUUCUCUACAGGGGACUUGGCGAUUCCAAACCCCCCCCAAGGUUCCAAGAAGAAACUGAAGACACCUGGGAUCUGUACUUGCUUUGUGCUAUUGAGCUGUGCUUGUUAUACGGACCUUGUUGCUUGACCAACACACUGAGCAUUUAAGAGCCCUCUUGACCUCUUAGCCCUUUGUGGACAUUACAGAAUGGGAUCAAGACAUUGUCACAAUAGAUUUUUCUUGUAUGGUAGAAGUCAGGCUUUCACUCUAGUCUUGGAGAGACAGUAAGAAAUGCAUGCAUAAAUACUUGUUAGCUUUCAUAAGAGAACAUAAGGUACUUUGCAGAAAGCCACAUAUCAGUUAGAAAAGUGUACUGUUUCUGCACAUUUUCCAGAUUACAGUUAAAGCAAAUUUUCCAAGCAAAGGGAACCAAGGAAAUAUUUUCUCUAGGAAUUAUGAAAGAAUUUGUAGCAGUUGGUUGUUGAUGGUGGUUGUGUUAAUAAAUUCAAGGCCCAAGAACAGCUACACAGUCAAAAAAAAAAUCCACAAAGGAUUAACAGGCUGCUCUGAAGUUUUUGGUAAAGAGAGCAAGAGAGAAAUUGGUAAUGUGUGCUAGAGCUUAUAAUGCUGGAAAAUAGGGGAAAAUUUUUUUUUUUAAAUAGUGUUGAGUGUAUAUGUAUCUUAGCCCCUAUGGUAGACUUGUUUUAAAACUAAUUUUAGUCAGUUUUCGGGUUUUUUCCAAGUAACCUGGUUUUCUUCCUGUCGUAUCUCUUUCCAGAAUCCAGAUUCCAAAAUGAUGCAGAUUAACCUGACUGGGUUCUUGAAUGGAAAAAAUGCUAGAGAAUUUAUGGGAGAGCUAUGGCCCCUGUUGUUAAGCGCACAGGAAAACAUUGCUGGGAUCCCUUCUGCUUUUUUGGAACUGAAGAAGGAGGAAAUAAAACAAAGACAGAUUGAACAAGAAAAACUGGCAUCUAUGAAGAAACAAGAUGAAGACAAAGAUAAGAGGGACAAAGAAGAAAAGGAGAGCAGCAGAGAAAAAAGGGAGCGAUCCAGAAGCCCUAGAAGACGCAAGUCCAGAUCUCCUUCUCCUAGAAGACGAGCCUCCCCAGUCAGGCGAGAGAGAAAACGAAGUCAUUCUAGAUCUCCCCGUCACAGAACUAAGAGCCGAAGCCCCUCCCCUGCUCCAGAAAAGAAAGAAGAUAUCCCAGAACUUCCAGAACCUUCAGUGAAGGCCAAGGAACCUUCAAUACAAGAGGCAACCUCUACUAGUGACAUUCUGAAAGCUCCCAAACCUGAACCUAUACCAGAACCGAAGGAACCUUCACCAGAAAAAAACUCAAAAAAGGAAAAAGAAAAGGAGAAAACCCGCCCAAGGUCUCGAUCACGAUCCAAAUCAAGGUCACGAACACGUUCCCGGUCCCCUUCUCAUACUCGGCCUAGACGGCGUCAUAGAACACGGUCAAGGUCAUAUUCACCUAGAAGACGCCCAAGUCCAAGAAGGCGACCGUCUCCUCGAAGAAGAACCCCACCAAGACGAAUGCCGCCUCCACCAAGGCAUAGAAGAAGUCGCUCUCCUGUGAGACGAAGGCGGCGCUCGUCAGCAUCUCUCUCUGGCAGCAGUUCAUCAUCAUCUUCAUCCCGUUCCCGGUCACCUCCAAAGAAACCACCCAAAAGAAUCUCCAGCCCCCCUAGAAAAACUCGUAGACUCUCUCCAUCUUCAAGCCCACCACGGCGAAGGCAUCGGCCGUCUCCGCCAGCAAGCCCACCGCCAAAAACCCGUCGCUCACCCACACCCCAGCAGUCAAAUCGUACAAGAAAAAGUCGUGGCUCUGUUUCUCCAGGGAGAACCUCAGGUAAAGCAACAAAACAUAAAGGUACCGAGAAAAGGGAGUCACCUUCACCAGCACCAAAACCUCGGAAAGUAGAGUUGUCUGAAUCGGAAGAAGAUAAAGGUGGCAAAAUGGCAGCAGCUGAUUCCGUGCAACAGAGGCGGCAGUACCGGAGACAGAACCAGCAGUCUUCUUCUGACUCUGGCUCCUCCUCCUCCUCAGAAGACGAGCGACCCAAGAGAUCAAACGUGAAAAAUGGAGAAGUGGGAAGGCGGCGGCGACAUUCAGCCUCCCGGAGCGCAUCCCCAUCGCCAAGGAAACGCCAGAAAGAGUCCUCUCCUCGGAUGCAGAUGGGAAAGAGAUGGCAAUCGCCAAUGAUUAAAAGUAGUAGGCGGAGAAGAAGUCCAUCACCACCACCUGCCAGACGACGGCGUUCCCCUUCUCCUGCCCCUCCACCCCGACGGCGGCGGUCUCCCACACCACCUCCGCCACCACCACGACGCAGGACUCCUUCUCCUCCCCCACGUCGACGCUCACCUUCUCCAAGAAGAUACUCUCCUCCAAUACAGAGAAGAUACUCUCCUUCCCCGCCUCCUAAGAGAAGAACGGCUUCCCCACCACCACCUCCCAAACGAAGGGCAUCGCCUUCACCUCCCCCAAAGCGACGGGUCUCCCAUUCGCCACCUCCGAAGCCAAGAAGUUCCCCUGUUACAAAGAGACGUUCCCCUUCCUUAUCAUCUAAGCAUAGGAAAGGGUCCCCCCCCAGCCGAUCCACCCGAGAAACCCGGUCUCCUCUACCAAACAAACGGCAUUCACCUUCACCACGGCCUCGAGUUCCUCAUACCUCUGCAAGUCCUCCCCCACUCCGAAGAGGAGCUUCAUCUUCACCCCAAAGAAGGCAGUCCCCAUCACCAAGCACUAGGCCUAUCAGGAGAGUCUCCAGAACCCCGGAACCCAGAAAAGCAAAAAAGGCUGCCUCACCAAGUCCCCAAUCUGUAAGAAGGGUCUCGUCCUCCAGGUCUGCCUCCAGAUCUCCUGAGCCAGCAGCUAAAAAACACCAAGCACCUCCAUCCCCCACCCAGUCUCAGUCACCAUCCACAAACUGGUCGCCAGCAGCACCUGUCAAGAAGGCUAAGAGCCCAACGCCAAGCCCAUCACCUGCCAGGAAUUCAGACCAGGAGGGUGGUGGGAAGAAAAAGAAGAAAAAGAAGGACAAGAAACACAAAAAGGACAAGAAGCACAAAAAACACAAAAAACAUAAGAAGGAGAAGGCAGCUGCCGCCGCUGCUGCUACUGUGGCAUCCACCACCACGUCAGCCCAGGAAGAGCCCGAAGCAGAGGCAGAGCCCAAAAAGGAGACUGAAAGUGAAGCUGAAGACAACCUGGAUGACCUAGAGAAACACCUUCGGGAAAAGGCGCUGAGGUCGAUGAGAAAGGCGCAAGUGUCCCCUCAGUCCUAGAAGGGACCGUUUGUUAUGAUGUACAUUUGAUUGGGUUUGUACUCAGAUUCCAUUUCACAAUUGCUAAAAUGUGUUUGAGCUUUAGGCUAUAACAUUUGUUGUCAUAAUUGCUAGGUUGAGGUUCACCAUGUAAAAAAGGGCAUGGAUUUACAUUACAAAAGGUGUCCACAGUGUACUAGUGACAUUCAUUGACAGCCAACAUAACUUCAUUUAGAGUGAGACAUUUUUAAGGGGAAAAAUUUUUUUAAAGGGGUUUAAGUACGGCUGACAACCAUCUGGUUCCUUUAAAGCCUCUCUCAGCCCUGGCCGUACACAGAGAUUAACUUUUAAGUUCUUGUUCAAUUCUUGGCCCCCACUUAAGUUAUGAGGCUUUGACCUUGAAGCUGCCCAGAAGAGAGACCACUGUUCAUCAGAAGUCGACGCGAGCAUUUUUAACGCCACACUCUUUCCUGUUGCUGUCGUCUCUGCUGACGUGAAUCAAGAUUAGAGCUCUUAAGACGGUCCAGAAACGGAACGCUGUUCGCCAGGACACUGUGGGCUUAUACUGAUGUAACUAGUUGAUUUGGAACACUGGAAUUUCAUUUUUUCCUGUCUUGUUCCCACCCUGCCCCACCCCCCCAUUGCUUGUAAGGACAGUUAUGCCCCAGAAAGGUUCCUUCAGUUACAUAAAAUUCUGUUUGUGAAAUGCCAUCAUCGCCCCGUUCAUAAUUCUUGUCUUGUUAGGGUUCUUCCAGUUGGCAGACUGAACUUUCAGAGCUCUGGCUUUUGAAAAGUGGAAGGGUCUCAAUUUUGAAUAUUGUCAUGUUUUCACCGUUUUAUUUUAUUUUGUUUUUUGUUGGUUUUUUUGUCUUUUUGUUUUGUUUUUUAAAUAAAGCUAUAUAAAGCUUGUGGAUUAAACAGAAUAAAUUUCUAAAU